AUGUUCACGACACCCCUGCCUUCCCCAGCCAUCGAGCUGAUCAAGGACCUGGUCAACUACGACGUGUGCCCGGCGCUGCUCAAGGGCCUCGUGGCGCUGCUGAUACCGUCCUUCAAGGAGACCAGCAAACAGCAGUCCCAGAUCGUCAGCGACUCUUCGGUUCUGCAGCUCGCCGCCCACCUGCCGUUGUUCUUGCAGCAGGCCGCGGCCGCCAAGGCCAUCGGGAUCCUGGCGCGAGGCAACACGAGCCUGGCCGAGGAGAUGCUGCCCCUGCGCGUGGUGCACAGCCUCAUGGCCGCCAUGGGCAACAUGGACCACAGCAACAGCCAGCGGCAGGCCAGCCUCACGCUAGAGUACUUUGUGCAGUUAUUCCCAGCGGUGGAGGAGCACGUGCGCAGGGCCAUGGGGGAGGAACUCUACAAGCUCUUCCGUAGCAACGCCGAGGACUUGUACGGGAAAAUAGAUAGCAUUCAGGCGGACAUCUUGGCGGCCAACAAAGUCAAUGUCACCAAAGCCAUCGAGCUGAUCAAGGACCUGGUCAACUACGACGUGUGCCCGGCGCUGCUCAAGGGCCUCGUGGCGCUGCUGAUACCGUCCUUCAAGGAGACCAGCAAACAGCAGUCCCAGAUCGUCAGCGACUCUUCGGUUCUGCAGCUCGCCGCCCACCUGCCGUUGUUCUUGCAGCAGGCCGCGGCCGCCAAGGCCAUCGGGAUCCUGGCGCGAGGCAACACGAGCCUGGCCGAGGAGAUGCUGCCCCUGCGCGUGGUGCACAGCCUCAUGGCCGCCAUGGGCAACAUGGACCACAGCAACAGCCAGCGGCAGGCCAGCCUCACGCUAGAGUACUUUGUGCAGUUAUUCCCAGCGGUGGAGGAGCACGUGCGCAGGGCCAUGGGGGAGGAACUCUACAAGCUCUUCCGUAGCAACGCCGAGGACUUGUACGGGAAAAUAGAUAGCAUUCAGGCGGACAUCUUGGCGGCCAACAAAGUCAAUGUCACCAAAGCCAUCGAGCUGAUCAAGGACCUGGUCAACUACGACGUGUGCCCGGCGCUGCUCAAGGGCCUCGUGGCGCUGCUGAUACCGUCCUUCAAGGAGACCAGCAAACAGCAGUCCCAGAUCGUCAGCGACUCUUCGGUUCUGCAGCUCGCCGCCCACCUGCCGUUGUUCUUGCAGCAGGCCGCGGCCGCCAAGGCCAUCGGGUAA